CGCAUCGCUGGCGCCGCGCAGCCCGGCCGGGAGCCCGGCCCGCCCCGCCGCCGGCCGGGCAGCAACUCAUUCUCCGAGGGCUCCGGCCGCCGGCCCGCGGCAACCUACGGCCGCGGUAUAAAUAGCCGGGCGGCGGAUUAAAAAUAGGCGCGGGGCCAUAAAUAGCCGGGGCGGCCCGGGGGCGGCGGGCGAAGUUUUGCCGUCGGGCGCGGCGCGCUGGCGGUGCGCGGAGGGGGCCGCGGCGCGGAGAGCUGCUGCUGCUGCCGCCGCCGCUGCUGGUUAAUUGCACAUUCAAGUGGAAAAUUUUCGGGAGUCAGCAGAAACAUUGUAUCCAAAAAAGACAAAGUCGCAGUUACAGCAGCGCCGAGGAGAUUGUCCCUGGAAAACUUCCUUUCGGUUUAUCCCCUUGAAGACUCCAGGCUUAGGCUUGGAGACCCCAGCCAUCACCAUUGAGCCCAGCAGCUGGAGCGGCAGCGAGAGUCCUGCCGAAGACAUUGAAAGAAUGAGUGAUUCUGCAGAUAAACCUAUUGACAACGAUGCAGAAGGUGUCUGGAGUCCUGACAUUGAACAGAGCUUUCAGGAGGCUCUAGCUAUCUAUCCGCCGUGUGGGAGGAGGAAAAUCAUCUUAUCAGAUGAAGGCAAAAUGUAUGGUAGGAAUGAAUUGAUAGCCAGAUACAUCAAACUUAGAACAGGGAAGACACGGACCAGGAAGCAGGUGUCUAGUCACAUACAGGUCUUAGCAAGAAAGAAAGUUCGAGAAAUUCAAGCCGCCAUUAAGGUAACAAGCAUGGAUCAGACAGCAAAGGACAAAGCGCUCCAGCACAUGGCAGCAAUGUCAUCAGCACAGAUAGUCUCAGCUACUGCUAUUCACAACAAGCUGGGCCUGCCAGGAAUUCCCCGUCCUACAUUUCCUGGGGCACCUGGGUUUUGGCCGGGAAUGAUUCAAACGGGGCAGCCUGGAUCCUCGCAAGACGUCAAGCCAUUCGUUCAGCAGGCCUAUCCUAUACAGCCAUCAGUCACAGCUCCCAUUUCAGGCUUUGAGCCCACAUCAGCUCCAGCUCCCUCAGUCCCUGCGUGGCAGGGCCGAUCGAUUGGUACGACCAAGCUCAGGCUGGUGGAGUUUUCGGCUUUCCUUGAGCAGCAGAGGGAUCCUGAAUCAUACAAUAAACACCUCUUCGUGCACAUUGGACACGCCAACCAUUCUUACAGCGACCCCUUGCUCGAGUCGGUGGACAUUCGCCAGAUCUACGACAAAUUCCCCGAGAAGAAGGGCGGCCUGAAGGAGCUCUUUGGGAAGGGGCCUCAGAACGCUUUCUUCCUGGUAAAAUUCUGGGCCGACUUAAACUGCAACAUCCAAGAUGAUACAGGAGCGUUCUACGGAGUCACCAGUCAGUACGAGAGCUCAGAAAACAUGACAAUCACCUGUUCCACCAAAGUCUGCUCAUUUGGAAAGCAAGUAGUAGAAAAAGUAGAGACUGAAUAUGCAAGGUUUGAGAACGGCCGGUUUGUGUACAGGAUAAACCGCUCUCCCAUGUGUGAAUAUAUGAUCAACUUCAUACACAAGCUGAAGCAUUUACCAGAGAAAUACAUGAUGAACAGCGUCUUGGAAAACUUCACAAUUUUAUUGGUGGUAACAAACAGGGAUACACAAGAAACCCUGCUCUGCAUGGCUUGUGUAUUCGAAGUGUCGAACAGCGAACAUGGAGCACAGCAUCACAUCUACAGGCUUGUAAAGGACUGAGCAGUUAUUUAUAUAUACACUUCAUUUCACUUCUUUAUCAAAACACAGACUGUAAACCUCAACACUAAGUGGCAGUGCCUCUGGCCCAACUUUCACCCACAUUUUUCUAAAUCCUGUUUUAGUGAAGUCAUUUUUAAUGUGUUCAUAUAUAAUUGUAGCUGUGAAAUUCUGGUACAGUUGUAAAAAUUAUUUCUAAAACUAAGUGUUCUUCAAAAUUUGUAAACCACAGUUCUUUGGGAAGACUGUAUUUAAGAACCUAAUGCCUCUGUCUGUGGAGGCCUAUUUUUAAUUCUGAUAGAAAAAUGUAUGACAGAGCAUUUGCCAUGGGGAAAAACUGACAGCAUUUAUAAGAAUUUAUUUUGGGUUUUUUUCCAACAUGAAAUACUUGUUUUACAAUGCAAGUGGAAUUGAAAUGAAUCUUUAGCUAUAACUGUAAAUGAGUACACAAAGUUAAUAAUCUCUAUAGAAUUAUCUUUGUAACUAAUUAGGGUGGAAGAUACGGACGAAUGUAAUUCACUAAAUUAUUUUUUAAAAUGAAACAUUUUUCUGUUUGAAACCAAAUGAAAAAUACAGCCUUAAGAAAUGCCUGAUAGAAACAGACAGGUCCUAAAAUUAGGCAAAUUUUGUAUUUUUUUCUCAAUGCUAAAACUAAUCUUCUAAUCCAUUAAACUUUCAAACAGGUAUUGCAGAGAAAGAAAGCAUCACCCCUUUACCCCUAACAUAUCUAGUGUAUUUUAAAAGAGUAUAAAGUUGUAUUGUACUAAUAUGAAAAUUUGAUUAUUUAAUGAAAAAGAUGGCUCAUUUUGCAAUAAGUAGGUAAAUACUGAAGAUUUAGACUUGCAUUAUAUGUAGUCUCGUGUGUGCGGUUAUAUUUUAUAUGGACAACUAUGUUUUCUAAUAAGUUGAGCUAAAAACUUGCGACUCUGAAAUCCAGAGAUGAACGGAAACAGCUGACAUUGCUACAGCAUGGAGUCAUUCGCAAACAGAGAGCAAAAACACUGAUGUGUCUGAGAGAAAAGUGUGUACACCUCUGAAAGGAUCAGCAGCUUUAAUAUCUGCGAGGCGCUAGGAAAUCACAACCAACAUCGGGCAGAGGAGAUCGGAAAGUGGAGAAUUUUAUUUUGUUUUUAUUCUCCUUUUCCUUUUAACCACGGUGCUCUUACACCUCUCCCAGUUGUGUCCCCAGGUCUGGCAAAGGCCUUAUCCUCACACCUACCUACCAGGUGGGGUUCUGCUGUGCUCUUGGACGUGGUGGUGUUGACCCUUCUGAGAAAUUCAGGGAAGACUGCAGGAAGGGAAGCACAGCUGGAGAUGUUUUAAUCCUGUCAGGCCUGGCACUGCAGGUGUGAAUGAGAGCAGCAGUCUCACCCCUCCUGGUCAGGACAGAGGCUGUUGCUCAGCUCCUCUCCCCCUGCUGCCCCUCGUUGCCCAGGCAGAAGUUGUCUGGGCAGGUGCUGGGCCAGCAGAGGCUUCUUGGGCAAAGCGUUUGUCCGAAAGGUGAGGGCUGCCCGGCCGAGCAUGAGCCACCUUAGGGAUCAGUGAUGAGUUACCAGCAGAGAGGGUUUUCAGGAGAGUCUUUUGCAGUCCUGGCUCAAAGUCCAUGUUUAGCAGGCCCCUCCUCUCCUCCCUGCACCUUUUGAUCCGUGCCUGUAGUACCAUACCUUCUCCUUGUUACCAAAAGCCGAUGUGAUGCAAAACCAGCACAGUUCCCACGCACAAUUUAAGCGUAGAAUUUGCUCCCGGGCCCGGUGCGGCAGUUUUCAAACAAGCAAGUCUAAUUUUUCUCUUUAGAUUAUAGUCCUGCAUUGUGCUUUCUGUUGGAAUUGCCCACUGUGGGACUGUCUGGACUAGACUGGAGCCCAGGUGAGCUCGUGGGUCAGACCUGGGUCAUCCCUAACGCUGGCGAGGUCUCGGCUUCGAGAGGGUGCAGACACCACCAAGGGCAAGUGAGACUGCUUUAAUCCCUCAGCCUGACCCCACUCCAUGAGCUUUGGAUGGUUUGGAUGGUUGCUGUGAUGUCUAGCUGCUAGCUGCUCAUGGAUAUUAGGGCUGAUGACCUUUCAGUGGAUGCUCUGCGAAGUGAACAGAGAAACGCAUCCAUGGCAAGGUCUCUUUUAGCGCUCAUUUUUAACACUAACGAUCACAUCAGGAAAAGCACUGCAUUGUAACAGCCUAACGGUAGCCCUUUAUUCUAAGCACUUGGUGUUACAAGUCAAAAACUACUUUUUGGUUUUUGUUCUAAAGUUGUCUUUUAUUUAGGGUUUGAAUUGUGGGUUUGGUGAUUUAUUUUUUAUUUUAUUUUAUUUUUUUUUUAAGUAACGAGCAAACUCUUUAAGGCAUAUAAAGUACGUAAGUCAAUUUGCAAAACCAGGUACAGUUUGUUUUUUUUUAGUAGGAUCUGGCACACUACACAUGCCAUAACUAUAGGGUAUAAACAGUCACAAUGUUUAUUGGUGUUCACAUAUGUAAUGUUAGGGAAAUUACUUCCAUCGUCUUUUCUUUACACUUCUGUAAAUGAUCCAUACCCUGUAUAUGUUAAUUCUUAAAAGCCUUAAUCCUUCAACUGUUGAGUGUGGGGUGUGUAGUCCAACAGGCUGCCUGUAAACUGUGAGCUCUUUUGUAAGCUGGAAGUACUUAUCUUGUUACUGUUACUUUUUUGUAGGAACCUUUUAAUUGAGAGCUGCCAAAGCAUUACAAUAUGCAGUGCCUUAGCAUUAUAUUAGAAGUACCUUUUAGCCUCUUAACGUUAAAUUUUAUACAUUGUUUUAUGAAUUGGUUCCAUUUUUAGGAUCCCCCUAUUUUUCCCCACAGAAACGCUCUUUGACUGCCUGGUGUAAGGCAGCUGUGUGUACAAGUCAGUCCCAUUGCAGUGAGAUGCCUAUACCAAAAGGAAAGGUUUUACAGAUCCCUAGCUCUCCGUGAAAAGUGAAUUGUAUUAACGAAUGCUGCCUUUUUAAAUUUCAUGACCAAAUAAUUAAUUGUGACUCUUCUGCACUCUAGCAUGAAAGUGCCUUUGGUUUGAAAUUCCAGCUUAGAAAAGUGCUGCCAUAAUAAUGACAAUUUGUAGAGAGACCAAAAAUAUUUAGUUAUCACCGUAAUGCCUUUGGUUUAUUGGAAUAAGUUGAAUCUACAGGCCUCCAUUCACAACAGAGCACCAUUCAUAGCAAAGGGAUUUUGCUAAUGAUCAGCCUGCUGAAGAAAAAAAAUCUACUGUUUGCCAUUUCUGACAGCAUUGCAAACCAGCAACUGAUUCGUCUGUGAUAUAAAAAUGAAAAUAUUCCCAUUAAUAUUCUCUUCAUCCGGUCACGCAUCUGCAUAGUGAGAGAUCCGUAUCCUACAGAGUUUCAGUGGACAGACGUUGCUUCAUCGAUCUCCUCUAAUAGUAUUUGGGUGUCUGUGAGGAUUCUUUGCUUAGACAGAAGAAGUUUUGUUUACAAAGCUGUGCACGGUGAAGGUCAGAUGCGUAAAACCAGAGGAAGGUGGAGAGCUGAGCAUAGCGAGGGUAAAUGCAAUCGUGUGGGUUUAAGAACAGAGAUGUUUGUUGGGUGUGAGCCUUGUGGAUGAAGGUGCUGCUGGGGAAACUCUGGCCAGCACAACUCAAAACACAGGGUGGCUUUGUUUUCCUCCCAGAUGGUGUCUUGGAAAAUAAAAAAGAAAAAGAAAAGAAAAAGGAAAAAAAAAAAAGUUAUCUCCUCUUAAUAACGUGUCUGUAUUUGAUACCUUCUGUGAACGGGGGCCGUACUCUCCACCACAACUGAAAUCAAUGGGAAGAGGAGCAACGUUCUAACAAUUUUAGAAAGAACAAAUAUCAGCAAAACCAAAAGCUGUCAGAGGGAUUAUAUAGUUGUGAAUACAAUGUUAACUUGAUUUUUAAAGUAUUUGAUGAAAACUAAGAUUAACUUUUUAUAUAGAGAAAUAUUGUGACACUGUGUGAUAAAUAUUGUGAUAAUUCAAAUUCCCUUUCUCUAAAAUAUUAUUUUUGUUAUUCCUUCAAGGUCUAAAUCUCACUUACCUCUGUAAGACAAGUAAUCCUGUUGAACUCAAUGAGACUGAGGUGGGGCAAAGACACUUUUGGCCCACAAGCAGAACAUACUUUUCCGGUUACUGCCAGACUUUUUGGCUGUACUAGUCAGUGUUGGUGAUAAACUACACCUCUGUCUCAUUCAAAGGAGCAUAAUGGUACCAUUUGGGGCUGUUAAAAAUCACUACUAACAAACGUAGUUUAACUUACUUGAAUUCCAAACUGAUUUUGUUUAGGUACUGCACCACUAUUUUGAAGGAAUCGCAGAUCCAAUGCCUGUUCCUCACUUUCCCUCUCCACCACAGCUACAGCUCAGCUCGGCAGUAGCUUGUCCCACGGGAUGGGCUCUGGGAAUAAUGAAGGGUGUACAUUGAUGUUGAAUGUAAGUACCUGGCCGGUCCGAGGCGGAUACGACAUUUGACGCGCUAAUCCGUAUCUAUUUAUUUUUCCACUGCGAGUCCCGGGGCGUGCCUGCUGCCUGCAGCAGCGCCCCUGGGAGCUCCCUGGAGCCCUCAGCCAGUCACACUGAGAGCCCUGGGGUUGUCCCCCCUUUCCUUUUCCCAUGAGGAUACACGUGCCUGGGCACAGGCGGAUGUGAGGAGUGGAGCCCGGCUUUGUCCUUUGCUCAGGAUGAUCUCCUUUUCCCCUCUUAUCUUUCAUAACCAGAUGUUUAGCCCCCCCCUUUCCCCCCAAGAAAGAUUGAGGCUGGAGAGGUCAAAGUACAAGAAACACUCUGGACAUCUUCAUCUUUUAACUUUUCAGGUCAUUCUUGCUGAGAUCAUGUAAUUAGUUUUAGUGUGUAAAUUAAAUCUUAAAUGCACUCGGUUGACUAAAAGGAGAUGGAUCCCUGUUACCUCCUUACAGAAUAUGUGUUUUUGUUUUUGUUUUGUUUUGUUUUAUGGGCCUCUGAUUCAGGCUCAUGACUGCAGACAAAAAAUACAAUAUGUGCCUGAAAAAAAAAAAAAGACAAAAGAAUUUUAUAACAUUGAAAACCUGAAUAGCCUUUAAUUCUUCAGUACAUUUUAUGUAAAACAGGUUGGGUUUUUGUUUUGUUUUGGGGUUUUUUUGCCAUGUGCAUUUGUUCACAUUUGUAAAUGACUUAAUGGAAUUCUCACUUUAUGUUUAUUUGUGUAAUGUGUAUAAAAUGGGUUUGUGACUUAAGCAUAUUCAUAUAUGGUCAGUGGUUACUUUAAUAUUGUACUGCUGCUGGUAACUUUUGAUGUAGAACUUGCCUUUUGAUGAUAAAGUACCUCUAGGUUAGACAGUGAGGGAAGGCUCUUGGAAAAAAACCUGAAUGUUCUCCAAUGUUUUCUUAACAUAUUUGCAGAAGCUUUCAAAAGGAGUUUCAGUCAAACCUCUUGGCAGUACAGUAUUCUUGUAUUUGUUAUUGUCUGUGUGUAGGUACUGGUACCUUUUUUUUUUUUUUUUUGUUUAAAAUGUUUUAAGUGUUGGCUUUAAAGUGAAUUUAUCUUUAGUAUGAUAGUAAUAUGAAAAUUAUAGGUUUUGUGUGCAGAGAAUUUUUUUAUAAAGUGCUUUGUAAAAAAAAAAAAAUGUAUUCUAGCUUUCGCGGUACAUAUGUGUGAUAACUUUAAUAUCCAUGACAGUUAAGUGCAAUUAUUUCAUCACUCUAAAAAUGCUAUUUUUGUGUCGGUUACUGCAGGUGUUUUCAUGUCUUUGCAAAGUGACACAUUUUGAUGCCUUCUUGAUAAAGUGGUAGAAUUUUUGUAGCUUUCUAGAAACUUUGUAUUCAUACAGUAUCAAUUGAAAAUAAAGAAAAUGAAAGUGUUUUGUGCA